UGACCAGCCGGAUUCCGUUUUAUAGCAGCAUUUAAUUCAAAGGGCAAAUUUAACGUAAAGCCGCAUACAUUUAAGCGUCAAAUCUAUUUGAUUCGAGUGGCUUUAAAUUACGUUUUAUUUCUAGUCAAAGUAUAUAUUUUUUAUUAAUAUUUCAAUUAUAAACUAAGCUUUAAUUUUGAGAACCGCGUGCGAUACAAAAUGGGCCGAAUCCCGAAUAGCUUUCAACUCCCUUUAUAGCACACUACGUAGGGCAUGACGUAAUGGUUUGUACAGCCUCGGUAGUGCACUACUUGUAACGCAGAAAGGCAUUUGGGUUUGAACCUCGUUGAAGGCGCUACUUCAUAUUAAACUGAUGUGUUAGCUUGUUGCUACUGUGCUGUAAGUUGCACUGGUUAUUGAAUAAAACGAUGAGGGCAAUGAAUGUAGAGGUUAUAAAAACGUUAUGGAGUAUUAGAUUUCUUCCUUAAAAAUGGCGCUUGCGACGUUACAAAGCACGAGUGUGUUUUACCGAAGGAUUCUGUCCCAGUUUCCACAAGAUAUUAGCCUAGCGUUUGCCUAUGGCUCUGGAGUGUUUAAACAGGCUGGGACUAGUCAGGGUCAGAUGCGGAACAACAUGAUGGACUUUGUGUUUGCAGUGGAUGACCCCAUCACCUGGCACACCAUGAACUUAAUAGAAAACAGGAAACACUACUCCUUUCUCAAAUACCUUGGGCCAAAACACAUCAGCAACAUUCAGACUGAGUAUGGAGCUGGAGUGUACUACAACACCCUGGUCCCUGUGGAGGAAAGGCUUAUAAAGUACGGUGUCAUGAGCACAGAUGCCCUGAUAGAUGACUUGCUUCACUGGAAAACCAUGUAUAUAGCAGGUCGACUGCACAAGCCGGUGCGGAUUCUGGUGCAGAAGGAAAACCCGAAGCUGCGAGCUGCUCUGGUGACAAAUCUGAAAAGCGCAGUGAUUGCCUCCUUCCUCAUGCUUCCAGAGAGUUUUUCAGAAGAGGAUCUUUUCCUCAGCAUUGCUGGACUCUCCUACUGCGGGGAUUUCAGAAUGGUGAUCGGCGAGGAUAAAUCCAAAGUUUCCAACAUAGUGAAGGACAACAUGGAGCACUUCCGAAUCUUGUAUAAUAAUAUUCUCCAAGAAUGUUCUCAGGUGGUUUACAAGCCACAGCAGGGGAAGCUGGAGGUGGAUAAGAGUCCAGAGGGUCAGUUUACCCAGCUGAUGGCUCUGCCUCGCACUUUACAGCAGAAGAUCACAUGGCUGGUGGAUCCUCCGGGGAAGAACCGUGACGUGGAGGAGAUCCUGCUGCAGCUCGCUCAUGACCCAGACUGUGGUCUGCUCGUACAGCAAGGUAUUUCCACCAUAGUGAAAUCAUCCAGCAUAACACAAAGUGCGAAAGGAAUUGUUACAGCAGGACUCUUUAAAACAGUGUCAUAUAGUGUGAAGAAGCUGCGGAAGAUGCUCAAAGGCUGGAAGAGGAAGAGACUGUGAUUUGUUAAAAUUUUGCCACAUGGUCAGGGUGUUCUGCCAUAUGUUUUUGGACACAUUUAAGUGAUCAGAGGUUUAUUUAUGUUAACAUGAUUUGAGUGUCAAUUACUGUAAUAAAUGCUGUUAAGUUUCAGUUAGUAAA